UAUAUAAUUGAACAUAAAUCUAUAUGAAUCUGCGAGAUGGGUCAAUGAUCUUUAUAUAAAGAAGUAGGUUCUUGAGCGUAUCCACACUUGAAACUUCGAUUUCAGUUUCCAGGCAAUCGGAAGGAGCGAGCGAGAAUGGAGCUUUUGCAAUGUCAUUUGAAGUGCUUAAGCAGGGACCUCCUAACAGACAUCAUGGCUCGUCUAGAUGGUUCAACCCUGGCCUCAGCUGCCUGCACCUGUUCUGACCUCCUAGGUAUAGCUCGUGAGCAAAGCUUAUGGAAACAGUUGUGUCAUUCGACGUGGCCUUCCACUGCACUCAAAGAAGCUCAGCACCUUAUUUCGUCUUCGGCAAUGGAUGGUUUUGACAGACUCUAUGCUGAUUCCUAUCCUCUUAUUUUGCAUGACAAAGUUGCCAAGAACAUUCCUGCGCUAACCCACAUCUCUCCGUCUAAUUUUGCUUCAUUUAUAGAUGUUUACUACAGUGAUCAAUGCAUUCUGUCCAGAGUUUUAGAUGGCAUACCAAGUUCGGGGGAUUUUUGUGAAGAUGAUGAGACAAGUGACCUUAUGAGAUGGUUAUUGAGCUGUCCAUUCACAUUGGUUCUCUUGGAUGUCGGUCAUGAUGAAGGCACUGGAGAUGGGAAUGAACUCCACCCUGCCAACAACCAAUAUGAUCAUCAUCAAAUAUUAGCUCCCCAUUUUAUGUCCUUUGUGCAUACAGAUCACUGCAAUGAGCUACUAAAGCGCCUUAGGUUAAGUUGGGUGCUGUUGGACAAGAAGAGAGGCAGGGCAGUCAAUCUCUCAAGCUGGAAGCCAUUGUUAGUGAAAAAGAUCUGGGCUACCGAUGGUGAUUAUGAGAUUCACUUUGGGUGCAUUGUACCUGUAGAGGAGAGCGUGCUGCCUCACAAGUUAGCCAAGUGCCUUAUAUUGGCUAGAUGCAACCUGGCGGAAAACGGGUAUCUGGGAUGGAAGGAAAUAAGCAUGCAUUUCGAGGACACUGGGGGAGUACAUGUGUGUGGAGGCAAAAGUUUGACCAUUCUGAAUCAGGCUCUGUAUUGCUUGCGAAGUAAUAGUCGCCUCAUGGUUGAAGAGGGCUAUCAACAAUUUGAGGAGCUAAAGCAAGAGAUGAUACGGAAAAAGAAGCUCAAAGAAACCAUAGCUGAUUGGCUUUGUCUAUCCUUUGAAGUUGCAAUCUUCAUAACAUUUGGGUACUAUAUUUUACCCAUAUAGCAUUCUACCACCACGUCAAGGCUUAAUAUUAUUGAAUAGUAAGACAGGGAACAAAGCAUCAUUACAGUCAAAGAUUAAGUAACACAUAAUAAAAGCAAGAGCAGUUCGCAGGUAAAUUCCCAGAGUUUUGAUAUUCGGAUGUCUGGUAACGAGUACAAAUUCAAAAACAAUAUGCAGAGUAUGAUCUCCCCAGGACAAAUUUCAGAAAUAAGACGAGCAAAACCAAUCACAAAUUUCACUCA